AAUAUUUGACGCAUGCGUAAUAAGAAAAUACUCCGGCACUGGAGUAAACAAAUGUGAUUGUAAUUAUACACUUUAAAGUUUUGGGAUAAUAACAACUAUUACAUUCGGAACAAAAUGGCAGACGCUGAUCCAGUAACAAUUGCGAAAAUAAAUUAUUAUUUGAGAGAGAAAUACUACAACCAUGUUGAAAGUACAGCCACAGAAGGCUUACAAAAAUAUGGGAAUGAUCCUGUCCUCAAAUUCUUUGUGGCAUUUGCAAAGAUUCUGCAAGACCAGACAGGGGAGGGGAUGAGAGAACUUGACAUGCUGAAAGAGAAAAGAGAUGUGAACCUUUGUUCAACUAUGGCAUUGAUGUUUGCUCAUAAACGCAGCCAGACAGUGGAUCGUGAAGCAAUACAAGAACUAGAUGCUAAACUUAAAGAAGAGAGAAAACAGGCUGGAGAAAUGGGCUUGUACUACGCAGGGCUGUUCCUUUUCCAUACUGGCAAGUUUGACAAGGCCAGGGAGUACAUUGAUCGAAUGCUGAAGAUGGACCCUUCUGCCAGAGAAGGUCUGGUAAUCAGGGGCUGGAUUGAGAUGUCGGGUGGCCGAGACCUGAAGAAAGCCAUCCGAUACUUUGAAGAAGCAAUGGAGAAACAUGGCAACAGGGACAUCGAUGCCCUAUUUGGCAAGUCCAAGUUCUUGGAGCACCGCCGCAACUUCAGCGGCGCCCUGGAAGUGGUAAACCAGGUGGUGGUGGGCUUCUCCGGUUUCCUCCCGGCACUCAUCGAGAAGAUGAAGCUGCAGCUAGCUCUGCAGGACUGGGACCAGACCAUCGAGACAGCACAGAGAGCUCUGGGGCUGGACAUGCACUGUAUUGAAGCCAUGCGGUUCACUGGGCUUCAGUGGCUGUGUCGGGACGGAAACGCAGCAGAGGCUGCCAGUGUCAUCGGUGACUUGAUCACCAACAUGGACAGAUUUGAACCCCGCAACGCCUACCUCUACUGCAACAUGGCCCAAGUGUUUGUCCGCCUGAGCGGUCGUAAUGCACUAGUUCUGCAGCAGUGCCACACACUGACAGAGAGAGCUGUAAGUAUGGAGGGGAACAAUGCGGAUUAUGUGAACGAGAUGGGGUACCAGCUGCUGCUGCAGGGCAAGGUGAAAGAGGCCAUGAAGUGUUACCGGAACGCCAUGAAGCUGGAUGAGACCAGCGUUGCUGCCCUCACAGGUAUUAUCCGGUGUCAGCUGAUCGAGAACCAUGUUGAGGAAGCUGCCCAGCAGCUGGAGUUCCUCAAUGAGAUUCAACAGAGUAUAGGAAGAUCACCGGAAUUGGCCUACUUGAGUUCGGUUCUGGCUAGGAAGAAGAACAAAGGCCCAGAGAAAGUGAUGGAGCUUCUCAAUGAGUGUAUAGAGUUGCAUUUCUCAGCACUCAAGGGACUGCCACUUGGUGUCCAGUACUACCUCCUGCUGAACCCCGACUUCCUCCUCGAGGUCAUCAAGGACUACCUCCAGUAUGCUCCUCAAACGCCUAUAGUGACUGGUCAGCCCAUCAACCCAGUGCUGAAGAGGUGUCACCAAGUGCUGGACCCACUCACCAGGGCAAUCCCUGGCCUCAUGGAGGCGGUGUAUCUCAUUGGCAAGGUCAAGUUCCUCGCAGGAGACAUAGACGCAGCUCAGGCCACGUUACAGCACUGCCUGGACCAGGAUGCUACCUUCUCCGACGCCCACAUCCUCAUGGCUCAGAUCCAUCUUCACCAGGACAACUUCAAGCUUGCCAACCAGUCCCUGGAGGUGGGCCUCAGCUACAACUUUGAGGUUCGAGACCACCCUUUGUACAACCUGAUCAAAGCCCGCAUUCUCAAGAAGCAGGGAGAUCACGCAGAGGCUGUCAAGACACUACAGAUGGCCAUGAUUCUUCCGGGGGUCAAAACAACAGGCAAAAGCCAAUCAGCAAAGAAGGUCAAGGCUCAGCAGAUCAGUGUCAAUGACAGAGUGUCUGUAUUCCUGGAGCUUGCUGAAGCUCACCGACUUCUCGGAGAACAGCAUGAAGCGGCGAAGGUGAUGCAGGACGCCAUCAACGAGUUCCAAGGAACAGCGGAGGAAGUGAGGAUUGCCAUCGCUAACGCUGACCUGUCCCUGGCACGUGGGGACAUAGAGCUGGCACUGGGCAUGCUCAGAAACAUCACGCCAGAUCAGCCGUACUUUGUGCAGGCCAGGGAGAAGAUGGCCGACAUAUAUCUCAACCACAGGAAGGACAAGCGGCUGUAUGCAAGCUGUUACAGGGAACUGGUGGACAAGUACCCCAGUCCACACACCAGCUUGUUGCUAGGUGACGCCUACAUGAGUAUACAGGAGCCUGAGAAAGCCAUUGAGGUGUAUGAGUCUGCCCUGAAGAAGAACCCCCGAGAUGCUGCCCUGGCCAGCAAGAUCGGUCAGGCGCUGGUCAAGACACACAACUAUGGCAAGGCCAUCAACUACUAUGAAGCAGCUCUCAAGUCAGGAGGCCAGGCGUUCCUCAGAUACGACCUUGCAGAACUAUUGCUCAAACUACGACAAUACGACAAAGCUGAGAAAGUCCUGAGACAGGCACUGGACAAUGAGGGCCAAGACCUGGACACACUGAUCGAGCACACGAGGUACCUGGUCCUCUUGGCCAAGGUGUACCAGAAGAAUGACAGGAUGGAGGAAGCUCUGGAGACACUCAACAAAGGCAGGGACAUGCAAGCCAGGGUGCUGAAGAGAGUUCAGAUGGAACAACCGGAUGGCUACUCGGCCCAGAAACAGCUUGCUGCAGACAUCUGCUGCCAGCUGGCACUACACUCGGCCAAUCAGAGGGACUACGAGAAAGCUAUCAAGUACUACAAGGAUGCAUUGGUCUACAACGAGAAUGACAGCAAGGUGAGCCUUGACCUGGCUGGACUGUACUUGAUGACAGAGGACUUGGAUUCCUGCCAGCACCAACUGAUGACUCUACUCAAGAAUGAUAAGGAGAAUGAUGCUGCUACCAUUAUGUUAGCCGACCUGAUGUUCCGCAAGAAUGAGUACGACUCGGCAAUGUUCCACUUUCAAAAUCUGCUUCAGCUGAAACCUGAUAACUACGAUGCCCUUGCUCGUCUGGUGGACUUGAUGCGAAGGGCAGGGAAGCUGGACGAAGUCCCCAAGUUCCUGGAGCUGGCUGAGGCUGCCUCUUCUCGUGCUGGGAUGGAGGCAGGCUUCAGCUACUGCAAGGGGUUAUAUGAAUGGUAUACUGGCAACCCUACUACGGCACUGAAACUGUUCAACAAGGCACGUAAAGAUUCGGAUUGGGGUAACCAGGCUAUCUACAACAUGAUCGAGAUCUGUCUCAACCCCGACAGCGACACAGUUGGAGGAGAGGUGUUUGAAUCUAUGGAUGGAGAGUCAAUUGGUUCCUCAGACCGUGAGAACAGUGAACAAAUGGCAGUGAGGACGGCUGAGAAACUCCUGCGAGAAAUAAAGCCAAAGCCAAGCGACAUCCGUCCCAAAUUGCAGGUAAACAUGGCCCUGAUUGCAUCGAAACAGAAGUCCAAUGUGGAGAAAGCUCUCUCAGCGUUCAUGGACAUUGCAUCAAAUGAGAGGGAUCAUGUGGGAGCGUUGUAUGGGAUGGCAGCUGCCUACAUGGUGCUGAAACAAACUCCCAGAGCCAGGAAUCAGCUGAAGAGAGUGUCCAAGAACAACUGGACCAUGCAGGAUGCUGAUGACCUAGAGAAAAGCUGGUUGUUGCUGGCAGAUAUUUACAUUCAGUCAGGAAAAUAUGACAUGGCCACCGAUCUACUAAAGCGUUGCCUACAGUAUAACAAGUCAUGUUGCAAGGCCUACGAAUACAUGGGAUUCAUUAUGGAGAAGGAACAGUCCUACAAGGACGCAGCCCACAAUUAUGAAAAUGCCUGGAAGUAUGGCAACAAGAACAACCCAGUCAUUGGCUACAAGCUUGCAUUCAACUACAUGAAGGCCAAGAGAUUUGUGGACGCCAUUGACAUCUGUCAUCACGUUCUUUCAAGCCAUCCAAACUACCCUAAAAUAAGGAAGGACAUUCUUGAAAAGGCCAGAACAAGUCUACGUGUUUGAGAAACAUUUGGAACGCUAUGCUUCUUCACAAGCUUAUCGCAUACGAUUUGAGCAACCAUCCGUAGUUCAGACAGAGGACAUGUACAACUCAAUAUUUGCAAUGAAAGGACCACACCUUCAACUGAAGAUAACUAUAUUGGUCCUUAGCAAAUAUUGAGUAGUAUAUCUCACCUGGUCGUGUGUAGAUCAGGCAGUCUGGAGACUUGGGAACACUAUGUUGCUGUGAUACUGAAGAGAUUCAGACAUGAGAUCAAACGGUUAAAGGAAAAAUUCCCUUUUCUGAACAAAUAAUGAGAAAUAGUUUUAUGAUGAUACUGAUACCAUUCCAGUGAACUGGGUUACAUGGCCAUUGUACCCCGUGUUCACAGAGUUGUAACACUAAAUCACAGAUUGCUCUUGUCCCUUUUCAUUGUGUCAUGCCAGUGUGGUAUUCAAAUAAGCUUUUGUUCAAGAGAAAGUAAAGCUAUGUAACUGUCAUAGAUAAAACAACUUCUGUUUUGUUAGUCGAUACCAGGUGUUUGUGAAAAAGUGAGCAUAUCCUGCCCCACCGGUGUCACCCAUCACAAACACAUGCAUAGGCAUGUCAAUUGUUCAUCUAAAAAAAUAUGAGAACAUACGGUACAAGUCAAACUAGGAAUGGCAUUGAACAUCAUUUUUUGUCACUGAUGCGUCAUAUUUGUAAAUGUCCCCCACAUGUCAACCAUGAAAUCUUUUGAAAGUUUUACUGAGGCUUUGAAACUUCUGAGCAAGAGUCGUAUGAUGCUCUUUAAAAUCUUAGUAGGAUGAACA